AUGGUGGUUACACCACACAGCAAAUAUUUAAUGUUGAUUAAACCGGCCUUUUCUGGAAAAAAAUGCCAUCUAGGACAUUCAUUGCAAAAGAAGGAAAAGUUAAUGCCAGGAUUCAAAGCUGCAAAGGAUCGACUAACACUGCUUUUAGGUGCUAAUGCAGCUGGUGAUUUGAAGCUGAAGCCUAUGAUGAUCUACCAUUCUGAGAAUCCCAGGGCUCUGAAAAACUAUGCUAAAUCUAGCCUGCCUGUUUACUACAAAUCAAACACUAAAGCCUGGAUGACUGCAAGUCUAUUUACAACAUGGUUUACAGAUUAUUUUAAACCCACAGUUGAAGCCUACUGCAAGGAAAAAAAAAUUCCUUUUAAAAUUUUAAUGCUUACUGACAAUGCACCUUCUCACCCACGAGCAUUAAUGAAAAUGUACAACGAGAUUCAAGUUGUUUUCUUGCCUGCAAACACCACAUCUAUUCUUCAGCCUAUGGAUCAGGGAGUGAUUGCAACCUUCAAAUUAUAUUAUUUGAAGAAGACAUUUACUGCUGCUAUAACUGCCUUAGAUAGCGAUGCAUCUGAUGGUGCUACACAGAGCAAAUUAAAAGCCUUCUGGAAAGGAUUUACAAUUCUAGAUGCUAUUAAAGCAAUUAGAGAUUCCUGGAAAGAAGUUUCAGAAUCAGCAUUGAGACGUGUGUGGAAAAAGCUAAUCCCCACCUUUAUGGAUGAUUUUCCCGGCCUUGAGACUUCGGUAGAGGAAGUCAAUGCUAGCGUUGUGGACAUGGCUAGACAACUGGAACUAGAAGUGGAGCCUGAAGAUGUUACAGAAUUACUUGCAUCUCAUGACCAGCCAUUGACAGAUGAAGAUUUGAUUAUGAUUGAAGAGCAAAGAAGACUGUUUCUUGAAACUGAUGGUUCUACUGAUGAAGACCCAGUUUGCAUUAGGGAAAUGCCAACAAAAGAAUUAGAGGAAUAUGUCAGUUUAAUUGAAAAGGGUUUGGCAGGUUUGGAGCAUAUUGAUGGCAAUUUUGAAAGAAGUUCUUCAGUUAAUAAAAUUGUGUCAAAUGGAAUUGCAUGUUAUAAAGAAAUACUUCGAGAAAGGAAGCAUCAGUCCAUGAAGCAAACUUCUUUGCUAUCAUAUUUUAAUAAAGUCCCACAGCCAUCAUCAUCACCUUCAACAUCAAGACCUGAUGAAUCUUUGUCAAGUUCUCCACCUUCAAAACUGAUUUGCAUUGAAGACUCAGAUGAUGAAUCAUAA